AAUAAAUUUAUUAACUGACACUGUUUUUAUGUUACUUUGAACUAUUAAAACUUAAUAUUAAUUUUUUUUCUUUUGACUAUUUUGUUGUUAAAAAUUGAAUAGUCUAUGAAAUGGCUUCACCAAAUAUUUCUGAUAUAUCCAAUACACUAACAAUAUUAGAAGAUGAUUAUCUUUCCCAAUUUAUACCUAUUAAUACUGAAGAUAAAUGUAAGAAUAUUGUUGUACAGCUUACUGCAGAAGAGCAGCUGAAAAAAUUAAAUAAAGGUUUAGAAUAUGUUGACCAACUUAUAUGUGAACAAACUUAUAAUAACCAUGAAGAAUUAUUUAAUCAAGUGACUUGGACUGAAAACUUAGAAUCUAUUAUAAAUGAAAUAUCAUCACAAAUCCAGAACUUACAAUCAUCAAUUGAACUACUUAAAUGUAAAAUUGUAGAUUUAUUCGUUAAAGUUCAAACUCAAGUUAUCAUACUAAAUAGAUUACAUGGUAUUUGUGAUUUAUUAAGGAAAAUUAUGAGGACACAAAGUUUAACAUUGCAAGCACUAGACAAAGAAAAUGUUAUGUCAUCUCAUUUGAUAUUAGAAAUUAAAGAAUUAAUUGAAGAUAAAGAUUUAAAAGAAAUAACAUUUUUAAGCAAAGAUUUAAUUAAAUUAAAAAAUUUUUGUGAAAAAAAAAAUGUUAAUGGAUUGAAAUGA